GCUCUACAAUUUGUCUGCAACUUCUAAUUCGCUGCGGGUAUUUUUUUUUAUUGUGUUUGUUGUUACAUAUAAUCCGAUCAAUUUCGAUCGUCCGUUGGCAAAGCAAAGCAAAGCCGUGCGUUUGUGCUCCGAUUUUUUGAGCUUUUGUUUUGGCAAAGUUCCGCGAAACUGCACCAAUUAAACGUUUCGUUUGCUCCACUCCGCCUGUUCUUUCGGUUUUCUGCCUUUUCCGUUUUCGUUUCGUUUCGUUUUCGCUUUCCACUUGGAAUUGCGUUCGCGAGGGGAUGAUGAAAAGGGGAGGAGAGGAGACUCCCGACGAAGUGCAUCCCCCGUCCCGUGCGUUUGUGUUGGUGCUAGUGCCAGUGCCAAUGCAAUUGUAGCUGAGCGCGCUCAUAAAAAUCAAAAGUAUAUUUAGAUAUACAUGUACAUAUAUAUAAUAAUCGGAUACGUUUUCUCGUUUCGCUCGCCCGUGCUCAUGUGUGUGUGUUUAAAUCAGUAAUAUCACAACAGAGGGGGCCUGUUUGCCUGUGUGUGAGGAGCGCGCUGCGUUUUGUUGUUGAGUGCGAGCGGGACAGUGGACGGAGAAAGAGAAAUAGAACUGCAACAACAACAUUGUACCAGCGGCAGCAGCAGCAGCGAUGGCUUCCAGUCGCUGCACUGGCAUAGCGCUGCCGGGAAAUGUAUUGGGGUGUGUCCUUGUCCACGUCUGCUAGGACUCUUUUUUCACCGAGCGUCCCAGCAGAAGCUCCACGGAAGAGGGGUCACGGUAGUGACUACGAACAACCAUCCAAGAGACAUCGAAGAUCCAGGACGCCUUUAAAGUCUUCAUAAUGCCACGCUUUCGGAACGACGAGCCGGAGCAGUCGCAUUACAGUGAUGGCGACGUGGUCUGGGUAAAAAUACACAACACAGAGAUCUGGUGGCCCGGCGAGGUGACCUUGUCGCAGGACUUUCGGUUCAUCAACUCCAUCCGUCCACCGUUCGCAGUUGUGGCUUUUUUCAACGAAAAAACCUUCGAGCAAGUGAAAUCACCAAAACUGAUUUACCCCUUUCAAUGCGCUCACAAGGAGGAGUUCAUCAAACGCGGCACCAAAAAAGCCGAUGGAAUGCACAUGGGCGACAAGUUCAGUGACGAUGUGGCGAUCGCCGAGUCGCGCUACCACCGGCACCAGCUGCCCGGACUGCACGCCUCAUCAUCGUCCGUGUUGGAGGGCAACAGCGGCGGACCCGCCUCCCGGCCGGAUAGCCUCAUCAAGGCGCUCCUCUCGAGCAGCAGCAGCAGCAGUCUGCACAACAGCAGUGCGCUAAGCAGUGCCGUGCCUUCGCCAGCGGGUCGACAGGAGCCCACGAUUCGUAUCAUGGACAUUGGGGGCAGCGCCACGCCCGCCCCUCGCGAUCGUGGCUUUACCGAGGCCAGCUACGAGUGCAACAUGUGCACUUUUCGGACCAACAGCAUGAGCGUGCUGCUCAUCCACCGCCGUGCUCACUUGGAGUCCAGCAGCAGCUUCAGCAGCAACAGCACCGUGAACUGCUCCUCGCCCGUCAGAAAGACGCGUGCAGCUCGGCGAGCCCACACCACCAACAUGCUCGAUCUGCGGCAGCUGGCGGGCCGCAGGAGUCGGGACAGCACGCACUUCCACAGGAACUCGGUGCGCUGCCACUCGCGCCACGUGUCCAUCGUUGUGGACGCCUCGCUAACAGACGAGGAGCAGCUGAAGGUGGCCAACAUCGCCAAGCUAACGAUGGAGAGCAUUGAGCGCGUGGUUCACCCCAGCGACGCCAGCUCCUCGACCUCCGACUCCGCCCGCAGCCACAGUGACCGGAACAGCUUAUCAUUGUCACCGCAGGAGCCCAAAGCGAAGAGCCCGCGACGCAGCAUGGUGAAUCCGCGAGACCCGCGCAGCCAUCGCUCCAAUCAACUGCGAGCCACCAUGCCCGCCCCAGAGUUACCACCGGCUAAACAGCGCCGCCUAACGCGUUCUAUGAGUCGGCGACAGAGAGGCGAAUCGCCGGAGCUCCUCCCACCGCCUACGCCGACGAUUUCGCGCCGUGGUCGAGGUAGACGGUGCACCCUGGCUGCCGCGACUAGCGAACAGAUCACGACAUCCAGGCGGGGCAACCCCUUACGGAAAACGCUGACAACAGCGCCCACCACCGUCGAGAAAUCACCUCGCAGCGCAGGACGGCGAAAGCGAACGCGAACGCUCUCUAGGAUUAGGGCACCGAUCGCUGUUGAUCCGGAUCUUUCGCUGGCGCUCCUCUCGCCUCCACCACCGGCGCGUCCGAUUGCAAAGAACAGGGAGGAAGAAGUAGUUGCGCAGCCUAAUCUGCCAUCCAGUCCAUCGCCAGAGCCGGUUCCAGUAGCUGACCUUACCCAACCCAAUGUGAAUCUCCCGUGUCCGCAGAAUAGCAUUGCCGCCUCCUUGCAACUGCAGCAAAGUCUGCUGGCCGAGUGGUGCGACGACGAAAUGGACGAGUCGCUGGAGGAGCCACAGCAGCCGCAGCAGCCACAACCAGUUAAUAACAUUAGCAAGGUCGUGGAAAAUCCACCAGCUAAAGCACCAGCACCAGAGCUGGAAGCGGAGGAGGAAGAGCAGGAGAAGACUGACGGCGUUGCCGCCAAGAAGCGCAUACGCAACAUACCAAAGAAGGAUCGGCGCGACGUGGUUCUGCAGGAAUUCGACGUAGAUAGCCAGCUGGAGGCUGACGAGCCGAUUGUCAUCCAGGACAGCGACGCCAGCUCUAACGAGAGCGUCGUCUUCGUGGAGGACGAGCCGAGGCAGCGCGGCAAGGGUGCUCAUACGCAACCCAAUGGUAGUGCUAAUGAAAAGCCCAAAAUGACGGCCAAGACGGCCAGCAACAUCCCGUCUUGCUUUGACUUUGAGGAGGAUGACGAUCUGCAGCAACAGCAGCAGCAGGACGGCCAGAAUGGACUAAGCUAUAGGCGCCGUACCAACACCAAUCGCCCCGACCUUAACGGCAAAGGUCAAGAGGAAGAAUCUGCUAGCGAAGAGCCAGAAACGGAAGAGCCUGCACCUGCACAGGCACUCCAGGACAACGUCUCUUACGACGAACUUUUCUAUGGCUUCGAAGAUGUCAAGGGGCCGAUAUUCUCGACCUCCGAGACGGAGGAGGAGUCGGAGCAAGUGCCUCAGUCAGUUGUGGAGCAGGACGAGAUGUUGGCGCACGUCGAUCCUGUGGAGCCUGAAGAGACAGUACCCGAAGCAGUACCAGAAGCAGUGCCCGAAGCAGUGCCCGAAGCAGUGCCAGAAGCAGUGACCGAAGCAGUGCCCGAAGCAGCGCCCGAAACAGGGGCUGAGGGCGAGGCAGGAGAUCACAUGAGCCUACCUAUCAAGGAGCGUCAAAAACGCAUCUUCAAGUCACGAAACAAGUCCACAGUAGCAGGACACCAGGACGAGGAUUUGCCGGCCUCCUCGAUGGUUUCCGUGCAACCCAGCGACGACGAGGAAGUGACCGCUCCUAGGAUGGACAUGGAUACCACUCUCCAGGAGACCAACUGUGCCAGCCCGAAGCUCUUCAACGGGGAAAAGAGCAGGCGGAAUAGCGCCAACAACAGCAAUGCAACUAGCAGCGAAUGCGUAAUGGAAAGUAGCAGCCGUAGCAGUUGCAAGCGCCGCACCAAAUCGAAGACUGAAACAUCCCGUCGCCCGCCGCGUCGCUCGAAGCCGAAGCCGAAGGUACGUCAGCCACGACCCUCGCCCGUCCUCGAGGAGCUGAGCAACAACAGCAGCAGCAGCGGCAGUAACAGCAACAGUACCAGCAACAGCAACAGUAACACCAGCAGCAGUAGUAAUCAUACGUCCAGCGCCAGCUCUAGCUCGGACUCGCACGGCAUAGGAACGCUAUCCCCGGAGCCCAGCUCUAGCAACAGCUGCUCCAUUGCCUCGAACAUUGCGGUAAUCUCGGCGGAGGAGGCUCGCGAGCUGCAGCGUUCCGCCUCGGGUGCCGGUCUGAUACACGCCGCCAUCGUGGACGCCACUCAGCCGGUGCAGCGAGGAGGUGUGCUCAUUUUGGAGGACAUUCGGCUACCCAAUUUGUACGAAACCUUCGGCAGCCUGCACUCAUCGGACAGCAAUGGCAGUCGGCAGGCGAACUCGCGGGCCCAUGAUGAGGAGGAUGAACAGUCUCAGGAUGCGAUGGAUCAGCAGGCAACGAAUGAUGAUCAAGAUGAGGAGGGGGUGGCGGAGGCGAAGGCCGAGACCCGUAACGAAGAGCAUAUGCUUGAUGAUGGUCAAGCAGUAGAGCAGGCGGCGGAACAGGAGCAUGCGGAGGAGCAGACGGAGGAGGAGGAGGAGCAGGCAGAAGAGGAGGAGGAACAGGCAGAGGAGGAGGAGCAGGUGGACGAGGAGCAGGCGGUGGAGGAGGAGCACACGGAGGAGGAGGAGCACACGGAGGAGGAAGAGCAGGCGGAGGAGGAGGAGGAGCAGGCGGAGGAAGAAAGUCAGAAGAAGGACCCAAAGCCUGGGCCCACCAAAGAUAUUGACUUGGCCGCCUGGUCCCCGGUCCGUCACUCGCCUGAGGCGGUUCGCUUCUUGCCGCAGGCCCGUGAGGUGCUCCUCAAGAAGCGCGAGCAGGAGUUGCUGCGCCAGUACGAGGCCGAUCUUGUCAGCGGGCGGAGUGCGGAGAAGUGUCGUCUGGCCCGCGCUCGCUGGAGCCGACCUAUGCCAUCCCCUGAAGAGGAAGACGCUCUAGAGCCAGAGUUGCCCCCAUCGACAUCCGGGGAGGAUCAGCAGGAGCAGGGCCAGGGGGAGAAAGUGGUCAGUUCCAAUGAAGAGCAGCCACAGCUGCCAACUGUGGAGGAUGAAUCAGCAGAGGACGAGGAGCUCCAGAUGGACCAAAUGCAGACCGAGUCACCCGUGGACGAGCACCUGGCAGCCCUUGAGUUGGUGCUGCCAGUUAGGUUGUCGCCGUCCUCGCGCCGUUCCGCCAGCCAUCCGCAGGUCAAUCCAAUGGUCACGAGCUCGUUCUCUUCCGGCAUGAAUAAGCCCAGGCAUUUCAGCUACGCUCCGACUCUGAGCGAUGCCGACGUGGCCAAGGCGCACCAGCAGCUAGUGGAUCUGCGCGAGCAGCAGCGUCUGCGCUACUACCCAACAACGCCACCCACAGCCGUCACUCCGCCAGCCACAGUGCUGCAGACCUCCGGCCAACGAAGGCAGCGUCGCCGCUCAAGGAACGCUGCUAGCGACCAUGUGGAGAGCGGAUCCCGCAGCGACGUGGCCGAGGAAUCGUCCUGCGAGACCAAGGAUGGUCAAGAGAGCACCGAGAACCCGCCUCAGCUGUGCGCUGGACGCAUCUGCGCGGUGAUGACUCGACCGAUCCCGGGCUACAGCCACACGUUCAUGCUGUGUUCUCUGAAUAACAACAACUUCACGCCGCUGAACAACGUGGCGCUUUAUCUGGACAACGAAAAGAACCACCUGGUGCCGGUGCCGCGGGAGGCAUUACUUGAGCCACCGCGCUUGGCAGACGGCCAUCCGCUGUCCGCCGUCUUUGCGGACAUUGACUUUCUGGGCGGAGAGGCAGUAGCCCAGGUAGUGGAGCCAUCGGAAACGGAGACUGAGGCGGAGACGGGGGCAGAGGCGGACCUUAACCAGGACCAGGUCGGGCGCCAUUUGUCGCCGCAGCUCCUGCUAAGCGAGGCAGAGAACGACGGCGAGCCUGUGGACACGUUGGGUAUUAUGACGCCACUCAGCCAGGUGGCCGAAGGAGGCGCCAUGGCUGCCGGAAGCUACGUCAACGAGGAGGAGGAACUCUCCCUGCACGAGGAACAGCUGCAGGCCAAUGUGCUGCAGCUGAACGUGAAUGGGCACCGCUUGGAGCUGGAUCCGUCGGUGCUAUUUAGCAUUGCCGAGCAGCCGGACUCGUGCAUCGAGCUGAAUGUCACCGAGGCGGGAUCGAGUGGCUCCGGCGUCUCUGGGGGCAUAAGGGCCGUCCUUCACGCUCGGGACAUCUUACAGGCUGCGCAGGUUUACCUGCAGGAGCGCGACCUGCAGCUGGUCAACGUGGAAGAUAUGACGUUGGAUGAUGAGGAGACGGAUGCGCCUUCGGCCAUGACUGGGCCCGCCACGGAUCUGCUCUCCCAGGCGCUGGCUGGUAGCCAGGUGGUGGACGACGCCGACUUCGUGAACGCAGCCAACGCUGGCGUUGGCCUGCUCCACAUCGACACCCGCACCGGUGCUAGCCUUCUGCAUGUCGGCGACGACGAGCCCGGCAGUGUCGUGUUCAUCUCGCACCCCUUGGCCCCACAGACCGUCCACCUUACGCCUCCAAUUACGGCCCGCACCAACGAGACGAACGCGCUGCUCGACCAGACGCCCAUCAUGUCCACGCUGGAAAAUCCAAGCGGUAUGCAGCUGCGCCGCGUGUCGCCGCUGAUCGAGGGCAACUUGGAGGACAGCCUGGCCGUCAUUGGCGUGACGAACGGCAGCGGCGUGCCCACCUCGCUGGAGCUGCCCAUCACCGUCACCAAUCCGGCCAUCGCAUCGCGACUGACGGCCCCGGUCGUCGACAUGCUGCAGUUCGCUCACUUCCAGUAGACGGAGCACAGUCCAAGUGCGACCUUUUUGUUAGGCCUACAAAAUGCAGUUCAUGCAUUUUAUUUUGUGCGCGGAAGAGAGUGCUAGAAUCUGUACCUCUUGCUAGUUAAAUUGAACCGAAAUUAGACGAUGACAUGGCGCCAAUGAAUGCCAAUGCAGAUAUUUAGUUGCCUAAUUGACUAGCACUUUAGUUUGAUUCAUGGACUUCACCUACCCCUUACAUUGCAAAUGUACGAUAGGGAAGCGAAUCACAUUAGAACGUAAGAGAUUUAACAACUAAUGGAUAGUUACGAAUAAGUAGUGCAAACUACAGAACAGAACAGAAACAGCCAGACAAAGCUGAUCAAAAAGCCAACGAGCCCGGCACCAAAGCAAACACUUACGACAUAUAACAGAACGUGCAACACUGCACAUAGGACUUAGGUGUACACUCAUGUGAACAGGAAGCACAUUUAUAUUUAAUGACUAUACCAAUGUGUGUAAGAUAUGUCAGUCUCUAAGCUAACAAGUUGUGUAAAGUGUGUCCGGAAUUAAGGGCAGAAAGAACUGCCCAGCUCGGGGUACUAUUUAAAUAAAUAAAGGCAACACUUGCUAAAAAA